UGGAAAGUUUCUCUCAAAGUGUUGGAGAUGCUACUGGGGACACACUGACUCAGUCUCUGCAGUUUACAUGCUAAGGUCAUGUAUGUAGCAUGUUGUGUAGGUCUGAGGAGUCAGCAGAGCUCAGAUGUGUUGAUGCAGCUGGGAACAAGUUUCCAUGCAUUGUUCCCUCUCAACAACUUCUUACUUCUCUGCAAAUCCGAGUACCGAGUCUCCACAUGUUGGAAUAUGUUAUGUAAAAUGUAAAACAUAAAUGCAAAACAGGGAUUCUCUGCUGUGUUCAUGCUAAGGUCAUGUAUGUUGCAUGUUGUAGGUCUGAGGAGCAGAUGUGUUCAUGCUAAGGUCAUGUAUGUUGCAUGUUGUAGGUCUGAGGAGCAGAUGUGUUCAUGCAGCUGGGAACAAACGUCACUUUUCAUGCAUUGUUCUUGUCUGCAACCUUUAACUUGCACACUGAGUCUCCACAUGUUGUAAUAUGUAAUGUGUAUGUAAACAUGACGGCAGUACCACUACACUACAACAUGGAUUCUUUACUGUGUUCACGCUAUGCUCAUGUAUGUAGCAUGUAGUAUAGGUGUGAGGAGUCAGCAGAGCUCAGAUGUGAACACACCUCUUGGUGUAAACGUUCCAGUUGAAUCAAUUCACCGUUACUUUCUUCACUUGAUUACCGAACAACACUCCCAGUUUGCAUGUGUAACACUCGUUAAAAAUCUGUGGUGUUGCUCAAUAGCACUAAAGCACUAGUUGUGUCACAAAUGUCAAUUGUUUUACACGUCUCAUGAGUCUCCACAUGUUGUAAUAAUCACUGGAAACAUGUUGUCUUAUGCACAACGGGACUGCACUGGGUGGAUUCUCUACUGUGUUCACGCUAUGGUCAUGUUUGUAGCACGCAGUAGGUGUGAGGAGUCAGCAGAGCUCAGAUGUGUUGAUGCAGCUGUGAACACAACUCAGCAUAAUGUAAUUUUUUCAUUCACGCCUGGUUAACUUCUGCAUUCAAGCCUACCGAGAACAUUUCUACACUUGAUAACUUGACAAGGCUCCAGAGCUUGCAAGUGCAACUCCCACGGAAACUAAUAUUGCUCAAGAGCACUAAAACAUUUGUUGAUCACAAUGAGUCAAUAUGUCAAAAGUAUUAUUCUUGUCAGCAACUUUGAACUUCUUUAUAACUGAUUACUCACUCACUCAGUCUCCACAUGUUGUAAUAAUCACCGGAAAAUGGCCAAAUAACGCUCGACCGUGGGAUUUUUUUGUGGGGGGAUGCUGUACCGGAAUUCUGGAGAAAAACAUGAUCUGGAUAUAUCAGCUAAUAUAUAUUCUUAAACCAUAAUCUUUAUUAUAAAAACCUGAGACAAAAUUGUCUAAUCCCAUGUUACUGUGUGUAAAUCAAAGAGUGUGAUAUUGAUGAGUAUUGUCUCGUUUUCAUGAAUCUUUUGAUGGAAAAUCUUCUUGGAUUGAGAUGCAAAGACUUUAUCCCACUUACAAUAUGAAGUGAAUCAUGAAAUCACCGUAUUGCUAUUUUUUACUUUGUUUUCACACCGUUGUGGACCAAUUGAAUUUUGCCUUUUAUCCCUUUGCUCACACGUUUAAGCCUCUUUCCUAAUUUAAACUUUGUUAUCCACCAAAUACAAUGUCAGGAAUGUAAACUGCAUUUUCUACUGAGUGAACUUCUCUAGUAAGCUGCAGUUCAGUUGAGAGCUAAAAAUUUCCAUCCUGGUUUUUCUUUUUUGGGCGGGGGGGGAGUAUACUAGAACCUUAAAGGCUCAAAACCACAUUAAGAAGGAAGAGGAUCAAAAGGUUAAACAGCUCUAACCCAUGACAGAGGGACUUUUAUUGUCACCAUGACCGUGACUGUGCCAUCACACAAAGACCUCUUUCCCUCUCCAUGGACCACUCAAGUGUGUUAUUCAUUCUGCCCUGGAAAAUAGACUCUUCUAUUUAGCCCGCGUUGGCCCCGGCGGCUCCUCUCUUCUCCUCUUCCUCUUUAACAAUUGUCCAAAAUUCAUCCUCUGCUAUGUUUAAUAGUGAUGAAUUGGCCCAGUGUUUCCCACAGAAUUAGGCUACAUCCACAUUUUGGGUUUUAAAAGGCAUCACUGUUGUCACAUUUACAGCUGCUAAUCCACACCGCUCUGUAGUUUGGAAAACACUGCCGGCCUAGUUUUAGUUUGAAAACUCCGGUGCUGUGUUGUCGUAUGGACGGGUAACUGUGGAGACAACUGGAAAAUAUGAUGCAGUCGCCUGCAUUUGCUUCCUGAUUGGCUCUUAUCAGUCGUGACUAAACUACCUUUAGAAAGAGGCUUGUUUACGCUUGUAGCUCCACCUCGUCAUCCGUCCAAGAAAAGAAAUCCCUCGUUUUACUUUGCACCAUUGUUGUUUCUCCUUUUAUAUAAUUUUCUGUAACCAGGCAACCAGCUGCAGAGUUGACAUGGCCAGUGUCCACUUCAUAUUCAUCCUCAGGUGCAUUGCUAGGGAAGGGGAAUAGCACCAAUAUGGAGAUAGAACGCUUGUGUGGACAGACCGUUAGCAUUAAAAUGUUAAUGUAGCCUUAGAUUAUAUCUAUUGUUAACCAACCAGGUAAUUGAUUACAAAAAUAUUGUGGUCGACACGGACUAUGCACUUGUUUUAGUUACAAAUGUUUUUUCUGUGUCAAGUCAAUAAUAUAUUAAUGUUUAAUAAAUGUCUAUGUUGUUGUAUAUUAUUAUCAGAUGCAAAAAAUAAAAACAACAACACAUUGUGCAUCUUCCGCCUUGCUCUGUAAUUAUCAGCAUCGGCCAUAUUGUGGUUGACCACCAACAUGUUAAACUACAUUUUCUUUCUGUGUGAUCAAACUAGCAAGUCUGCUCUCAGUGCAGACACAUUUCUACCACUCUCUACUUUCUAUGUGUCGCCCCAGGAGGGGUUUGCGCCGCUCUCUGCAGAGCUCAUCUGCUCCACAGCGAUAGAACUGCUUUCUUCACCCUGGAUGCUGUGGCUAGACCAGCUGGCUGUUCUCUAACUGCUCUCCGACAGUCUAAUACACCCCCAAGCCAAGCGCAGGAUAAUCACCCAACGUCGAGGACACCAAGCUACUUAGGCAGACUGAAGGCUUUGCAGUUUUAAUCAGUGGUAGGCUGUUUAUCUCCAGCUCGGAGUGCUCCUUGUGUUUUCUGUGUGUACCUGGAUUCCCGGUGAAUUACUCUUGGCUCUUGCAUAUGUUUUUACAGACAGGUGGUGGAUUAUGUGAUCCAGAAUGCUGAGAAGAGGAUGAAUCUUCCAGGUCAUCUCAGUCACCCACGUGUCUUUGCCGCUGUCCCUCCCCGACAGCCCUCUCGUCCCUGAGGGGCACCAUCUGCCUCCCCACGCUCCCCCCCUUGCCCUUGCCCGGCUCCCUCCUCCCCCCUCCCCUGCCCCCAGUAGCGACCGUCCCAGAGGGGAAAGGCGAGCCAGCCCCUGUAAAUAUGCCUGGAUGGAGGUCUCAGUGGCGUCUCGUCCUGCUGAACUCCCUGACCUGUGGCCUGGAGAUCUGCGUGGCAGCUGGGAUCACAUACGUGCCCCCGCUGCUGCUGGAGGCUGGAGUGGAGGAGCGCUACAUGACCAUGGUUCUAGGUAUUGGUCCGGUGCUCGGCCUCCUGUUCAUCCCUCUGAUCGGCUCGGCCAGUGACCAGUGCAACAGCAGUUAUGGCCGCCGACGCCCCUUCAUCUGGCUGCUGUCUCUGGGAGUCCUUGUGGCACUUUUGAUCAUUCCCCACGCUGACGUCCUGGCUGCCCGUUUCGCCUGGGGUGGACGCACGGUUCAGGUGGGCUUCCUCAUCUUUGGGGUGGGACUCCUUGACUUUUGCGGACAAGUGUGCUUCACGCCGCUGGAGGCUCUUUUGUCUGACCUGUACCGGGACGAGGAGGACUGCGGCCAGGCCUUCGCCAUGUUCUCUUUCAUGGUCAGCUUGGGAGGAUGUGUGGGAUAUUUGCUGCCUGCGCUGGACUGGAGCCAUGGCUUACUCUCUGUUUACCUGGGAGGCCAGGCUGAGUGCCUGUUUUUCCUCCUCAUCCUUAUCUUCAUCUCCAGCCUGCUCAUCACCAUGAAGGUGUCUGAGGAACCCUCAUUUGCCAGCAGUGGCUUGGCAGGGUCUGGAUCUUUAUUGGAGACUGGGGCUGGAGUGAUAGAGGCUGGCCGCUGCGGCGUGCCACGCUCAUGCUGCUACCUGCUGAAGUGCAAACUGAGGCUGCUGAAGUCUGGUCCCCUGCUGUGUUUACUGAGAACAUGCUGGUCCAUGACUCCAGCAAUCUACAGGAGCUACUGCCACGUCCCGCGAGUGAUGAGGCAGCUGUGUGUGGCUCAGCUCUGCAGCUGGAUGGCCGUCAUGUCUUUCAUGCUCUUCUACACAGACUUUGUGGGGGAAGGCCUGUACGAGGGCGUGCCCAGUGCAUUACCAGGAAGUAUGUCCAGGCAGCGAUACGACGAAGGUAUCCGUAUGGGCAGCCUGGGCCUGUUCCUGCAGUGUGCUACCUCAACCUUCUUCUCCCUGGCCAUGAGUCGCUUGGUUCGGCACUUUGGCUCCCGCUGGGUGUACGUGAGCAGCAUGGUGAGCUUCACGCUCUCUGCUCUGGUCAUCUGCCUGUCCAAGAGUGUGGUCCUGGUCACUGUCAUGGCAGCGCUCACUGGCUACGCGUAUGCCACGCUGCAGACUCUGCCGUACACGCUCACCUGCCAUUACCACAAGGAGAAAGCGGUCUUUAUGCCAAAAAGGAAACCCAAAAGCAUACACACAAAUGGUAUUUCAACCAAGCGGGACUCUGUGUACCUGACCCCUGUGGAAGAGGAGGGUGGACUGAACCACAAAACGGGGGUUCCGUACGGAAAUGCCUUCCAGGACGCUUACGAGUACUACCCCCCCCCACCGAGCCAGAACGGCUCCUCUCUCAGCUCUGGCAGCACUGAACAGGACGAGGGGGAGUUAGAGUUCGAGAAACGAGGCGUGGGUUUGGACUUUGCCAUCUUGGACAGCACCUUCCUCCUCUCUCAGGUUUUCCCCACCCUCUUCAUGGGCAUGAUCGUUCAGUUCGCUCAGUCCGUCACUGCCUACAUCGCCUGCUCCGCCAUCUUCGGUGCCGUCGCCAUCUACCUGGCCAGUCAUAUCGUCUUUGACCAAAAGGACCUCAAAUGCUGAGAUUCAGGGCGGAAGACGUGGGAGUGAUUGAAUCAUAACUAAUCAAAAACAAUCAUUCAGGUUUCAUGGGUUGAACUCAGCAGUGCACUACUGUUCCCAGAAUGCCUUGCUCCACAACCGUGUGCUUGCUUUUAUGAAAGCUAAAGGAAAUGGGUGUGAAAGUGGCUAAUAAUAGAAACUAUUCCUCGUUACAGCCGGGGGUUCGUUACCUGCCAGCUGAACAGUCUCCGUUCUGAAAACUGUUGAAUUCUAUAGAAAUCUCCCUAAAGACCUUUUUGUUGUGACAUCUCUCCUGUCCAUUUUCCUCAGGUACCAGAUUUACUGUAGAACUCACCAACCUCAGAUACACAGCUACUAACCUGUUUAUGAGUUUUAUGGUUCUGUCCGCAAGUUCUUAAAUUACAGUCUGUAUUUAACACUGAUUUGGUUCAGUCAGUGGAUUUGAGAAAAUUACCCUGAUGUGUGUAAAAUUGGGAGAAUAUUGCUUUUAAUAUUCAGCUGUACUUUGAUGCUAUCCUCAUCUUCUAUAUUUCCCCUCCUAAAUGUAAGCUAUUACUGAAAGAACAGUUUUUACGGCAACUAUUUUGAAAACAAAGUUACUGUGCGUCCCUAUGGGAAUUAAGUUAUGCAACCUGUUGAGGUGACAUGAUCGACGGCGGUGGUUUGAGAAAGAAUUUGUUUACUGCAUCAAACGUCCUCUGUCUGGAUAAUCAAGAGUCGUCUCCUUUAGCCGACCGCUCCUCCUGAUCCUUCUGAUCAGGACUCAGGUAUGUUCUGGUUUCCCAUUCGGUCAUCGUGCCACUUUCCCCGCUGCCUAAACCUCCACGUGUCGUUAUGUUCUCUCAAAUGACAAUCUACGAAGUCCACAUGGUCCCUGGCCAGAGAUAAACUUGCUUUGAACUACGCGUACGCAUCAUGGCUGAGUCUGUUUGGUGCAUCGUUUGGUGCACGUCCCCACACAUUAACACUUCACGUCCGACAGGGCAGCGUAGGGCCAGUACGUGACCUCCAGUGUCCACACGCAUAUCCGGUAGUUCUAUAAAGUCUGAGUUCUGUGCUGUGCCCUUCAGUGGAAUACUCUGUGAACAAAUGUGUUUACGACACAUCUAGUUGUCUACGCAUACUUGUGCUCAAACAGGAAGUCUAUCUGCGGCCUUGUAGUGUAAUGUUGUGUGUAAACAGUAAAAGAUGAAGAGUGAUGUCUGAGAGGAGGUCGCUCUAUUCUUGAAAAGACCAAAAAACGUCCGGCAGCAAAUGGAAACAUUCGGUCACUGAAAAUACUGUGAGGGGAGGCAUUGGUGGGCUGAAGGCCAAGCUGGAGUUAGCGUGUGUGUCUGUGUGUGUGUCUGUCUUUGUGUAUGUGUGUGUGUGUGUGUGUAAAACAUGGAGGACAAACAGUGAGAAAGUAAAAUUACAAUUAUUUAAGUGCGAGGCAAAUUUAUUAGGACUGGAGCCUGUGCAGUUCUUUCCACAUUUGGUUAUAAUAAUGUGAAGCUCUAUGUUAUAAUGUGUCGUGGCCUUAUUGAGCUUUUUCAAACCGGCCAGUUGAUGCAAACACUGCGCUUGUGUUACAACUGGUGCGUGAGUUCAUUCGAGCCCUUUGUAUCCGGGCUGUGUGGUGAGUUCAGUUCAGCAGAUUCAAACAGUCCUGAAGGAUCUUAUUGCCCCGAGGUGCACUCAGCAGGGGGCGGAGUAAAAACAGCAGAGGAUUUGUUUUGUCAUGUUGACGCCACCGCUGAGUUGAAACACUUAGAAAAUAAUAACGAUAAUUCGCCUCUCCCCCUCUAAAACGCACAGGAAAACGUUGCCUCGCAGUAGCUGAAGUGUAAGAAAAACGGUUGUUGUACAAGUGCCUGUACAUUUUCUCAAACAUUUUUGUACAUAUAUUUUUAUUUAUUAUGCUUUUCUUACAAAAUAGCUCGGAAAUUAAGCUAUUGGCCUCUGUGGCAUCUUUCGUAGGUGCGAGGGUGAAGGCUGUUUCUGUGAAAGAGAUAAAUUAUUUGUAUAGAUGUUGGUAUAGAAUCAUCCUCGAAUAUAAUUUAAUUUAACAUGACCCCCCUCUUUAUCCUGUAGCUUUGGUUACAUCACUGCUGGUGUCUGCUGUCACGUACGCGUCGAAUCAGCUGCAGAAAACUUCCACCUGUGGUCUUCAACCAGGUCUCAGAUGUUUGCUUCCUUUUUUUCUUUUCUGCCGCAAACAAGAAACCUCGUCAUUGUGUCAAUCCUGCUUUAUCUGGGAAUUAUUUAACCACUUGUUUCUUCUUAUCAGAGAUUUAUUGUUUAACGGAUAAACACUUCACACACGCUCACUGUAGGUGGAGGUGUUUUCAGUCCCUGCUCUUCUAAAACAAAUGUUCUAUUUGAUUUAAGAUUUAAAAAAAAAAAACUGUCUAAGGCCAGAAAUCGACAUAUUCUGAUGUGAUUAAUCAGGUUAUUUUGUGUUAUUGUCAUAAAUGCAUUCAGCCAUAACAAAAAAGUUGUAUUUCAUUUUCAUUAUACGAUCAUGUUGUGUAUAAAUAUGCAGUUACCAAAUAGAUUUUUAUACAAAAUAAAAGAGCUGCAUUGUCAAUGA